GGUUCCAUUGGGCGCCGCGUUGCCAUGGCGACUCGGUGGGGGAUUUGGUGGCGUUGCUUGUACGCGGAUGGAGGCAGCAGCUGCUGAUCUCUGACACAUCCCCCCCCACGCCACCGUUUCACUGCCAUAUCGUACCGGGACACGGUCCAUGCCGAGUGAAAAGGUUAUAUGGGUCCAGUAACUGGGAUGACUCCAGAUAAGAACAUAGAAACCCCAGGAGCAGAGAGAGUUCCAGGGAUAAGUCAAGUUGACAAAAUGGGUAGCCUGCCAGAAGAGGUUGGAGCAGCAAGGCCAAAGGACUCUGCAGUGGACUCUGGUUCAGCAGAUGAAGAGCUGACCAACUUGAACUGGCUACACGAGAGCACAAACUUGCUUAACAACUUUAGCCUCGGGAGUGAAGGAUGUGUAGCUGGCAAUCCGUUAUAUGACAUUGAGGGUGAGAAUUCCCCAUCUGGUCAAAACACCGAAAAGUCAUCAGCCUCUUCCAAGCCUCCGUACUCAUUCAGCCUUCUGAUUUAUAUGGCAAUUGAACAUUCUCCAAACAAGUGUCUGCCAGUGAAAGAGAUAUACAGUUGGAUACUGGACCGGUUUCCAUAUUUUGCCACUGCCCCCACUGGCUGGAAGAACUCUGUAAGACACAACCUGUCUCUCAACAAAUGUUUUCGAAAAGUUGAAAGAAGUCAUGGAAAAGUGAAUGGAAAGGGCUCCUUGUGGUGUGUCGAUCCAGAAUACAAACCUAAUCUUGUACAAGCACUGAGGAAGCAACCCUUUUCUGCAGCACUUGCGUUGUAUACGCCUCCUGCCUCCCCUACCUGUGCAUCAUCGCCCCCACUCUUUAUAUCAUCUGCCAUGAAACAGACUCAAGGGCGCUCCGUGAAAGAUUCUGACAUUGAUGCUGCCACUGCCAUGAUGCUGUUAAACAGUUCCACCAAGCAAGAUGCUUUAGACUGCCAGAAACCUCAGCCUCUUAAAGUGGUGUUGCCCAAGAAACGCAGCUAUGCUGGCGCGUUCAAACAUCAUACUCCGAUAGCCCUGCAAGAAACCGAUUCUGCCGUUACUAACAUCGAUCCCAAGGAGGAUCACAACUACAGUGCAAGCGGCGCGGACUCUAAUCGCUGCGAGUCCCGGUCAAGUGUGUCUUCCUUGUCCUCCGUCGACGAGGUAUACGAGUUCAUCCCAAAGAACAGCCGAGCGGGAAGCGAUGGCAGCGAAGGGUUCCAUAGCGAGGACGACACGGAUAUGGACUAUGACGAAGAUGCUCUUGGCGACAGCAGCUAUGCUUCUCAACCAUGCAAGAAUCCCUCUAGCAAACACCUGCAUGGCAAGAGGCUCCGGAAAGAAGCAUGCCAAGAUAUCGACGAAGAGCUAAAAGAAGCAGCAGGUUCCCUUCUUCACCUGGCUGGAAUACGCACGUGUCUGGAUUCUCUUUUAAAAACUGCGAAAGCCCAGUCUCAGAAGCAUAGGAAAUAGUGAUACCGCCAGCCUGCAAAAUUUUGCUUUAUUUUUAUUCCCCUUCCUACCACCCUCUUCAAGCGUGGCAAUAUUCUUCGAUUAUUCUUCAUGUAAGAGAUCAAAGCCAUAAAAGACUUGCGAGGCUUAUAUAUAUACACAAAUAUAUUUCCUCUACUUUAUUUUUUUUUCCACCCCUCCUAUAAUUACUGCCUUAGACUCGUUCACAGAAUUUAUUUCAGUCCAGCCAGAAUGCAUGACAUGCUGAAGCCCCUUCAAUAAGCCUCUGAAAUAAGCUGUUUCAAUCAGUCAAAACGAAUGUUCCCAGGACGAGAAUCCUCAAAUUAACGAACUUUAGCUGCCUGCUGACAGAUCUCCCAACUGCUGUAGUCCAUUUGCUGCCAUCGUGGGACAGUGAUACAAAAAAGCAGUAUUCGUGACACAUUUGCCAACUAUUUAUAUGUAGAUGUUUGUAAACAAGGUGCAAAAGCACAUGAUAAAUGUAAUAUUUGUAAA